AUGGGGAACUACGACAUGUUCCGCCGCACUGCGCCGGAGUCGGCGCCUACCUUUGAGAGAUCCCCCGAGGAGAAAGCGCUCGUGCGACGACUUGACACUUUCUUCUUGACAUUCGGUUGCCUGUCUCAGAUCAUCAAGUAUCUGGAUCAGCAAAACAUUAAUAAUGCCUACGUCUCGGGGAUGCAGGAGGAUCUUCAUCUUUACGGUGACGAGUUGAACCUAUUCACGACUUAUUUCAAUAUCAUCAUGACCUACGUCCGUCCGAGCUAUUGGCUUCCCGGUCUAGAAUUGACCUGGGGUCUAAUGACCGGGCUCAUGGCCAUGACCACCAGCGCAAAGCAAGUAUACGUCUUGCGCGUGUUCCUCGGUCUAUGCGAAAGCUCAGCAUGGCCUGGAUUCAUGACUUUACUCAUGUACUGGUACACUCCAACCGAACUAGCCAAACGCAUGGGCUUCUACCACUCUUGUCAAGGGAUGGGCACGUUAUUCUCCGGCUUCAUGCAAGCCUCCAUCUCGAGCACCAUGGACGGCGCCGGUGGUCUUGCAGGAUGGCGCUGGUUAUUCGUAAUCAACGCCAUAAUCACCGUCGUCUGGGGAUUUGCAGGCUUCUUCAUGAUCCCCGACAUCCCCAACAAUCCCAACCCGCGCGCAUUCUGGUUCAAGAAGAACCACGAUGAACUGUCCUUGGAGCGUCUCGCUCGUAAUGGUCGCGCUGAACCGAAGCGUAUUACGUGGGCCAGUGCGAAGAGAACAUUCUCUGGGUGGGUCGUCUACUUCAUAGCCACACUUUACGCAGCUACUGUUCUAGGAACAUAUGGAUAUGUUUAUUUCUCACUGUUCUUGAAAUCGCUUAAGAAUCCCGAUGGAAGCAAGAGAUGGAGUCAACGCGAUUCCGAUGGGGGGUCGGCGAUAAACGUGGUAUUCGUGUGGAUCUGGGCUCUUUUGUCUGAUUACUUACGAACGCGAUGGACGCUCAUUGUGCUCCAGGCUGUUAUUGGGAUCAUUCCGUGCAUUAUCAUGAGCAUUUGGACUUCACAUCCUGAUACGGUGGCUCUGUCUGCUGCUUAUGCGUCUUACUUCAUCUCCUACAUUUGUCUCGGGACAGCACCUCUGAUCUUCGCGUGGCUUUCUGACCUGAUUCCUCAGGAUCCAGAGGCACGCUCGCUGGUUGUUGGUGUUUCGGUUGCUGGGUACUAUGCUAUCUCGGCCUGGUCGCAAGUCCUUGUGUGGCCUGCUACUCAGGCGCCGUAUUACAAAUAUGGAUGGCAGUCUGCGUCGGCUCUGUUGGUUCUCGUUAUCAUCAUGACGUGUAUCUUGAGGUAUAUUGAUGUGAGGUAUCUACUGCCGAAGCGGGAAGAAUUUUUGGCGGCGAUAGAUGGUCAGGACGUUGGGGGAAAAGAUACUGUUUUUACUGCAUUGGAGGAUGAGAAUUCGGGUGGAAAGGCCGGGCCGUCUGGUUACGAUCGCAAGACGAUCCAGUCACAUGCUGUGAAUGAGGUAUAA